CACUCCAGAGCUUGCCGCAGGAUUCGUUUGACUGAGCGACCGAGCGGUGCCAGAAUGCAUUCGCUCCCAGCAUGACGAGGGGAAAGGUCAACCGUCAGACAGGGCUGAGUGAUGAUCAACUGUAUAGCUUGUUGAGUCGACCGUCCGCUGUCAGCGAUAUCAAUACAAUCUCGACGUUCCUCUCCUCCCCAUGUCAUGACCUACCUCUGGAAGAUUCCGUUGACACGGUUUUCGUCCUUUUAGGAAGCUCUGUGCUGCCUCUGUUCGCAGCCGUCGCGCAAAGUAUCCUUACAAGACACGGCAAGACCACACUGGUGAUAUCUGGAGGUCGCGGUCACUCGACGCAAUAUCUCUAUGAUGCUGUUGCCGGUCAUCCCGUGUAUCACACUUUAGCGGACAAGAUCCAAGGUCUAUCGGAAGCUGAGGUCAUCCAGACUUUGCUCUUGGGGUUCUGGCCAGACUUACGCUUGAAGCUAGAAUCUGAUCAGCUCAGACUGAUGAUCGAGGACAGGAGUACGAAUUGCGGUUCCAACGCGAUGGAGACGAAGCGAGUCUUGCAGGAAGCUGGAAUCUCACCCGAGCGGAUUCACAUCAUCCAAGACCCUACCAUGCACCGACGGACUUUGCUCUGCUUCAUGAAGGCCUACGGCAUCGAUCCUACGACAGCCAAAAAUCAGAGGCCAGAUCUGCGUGGUUGGACUUUCGAGCCGACGAUCGCGGCAUCGGUAACCGGUGUGCCAAGGUGGGACAUACAAAUGAAUAGGCUGGGGGGAAUUGAGCGGCAUGAUCUAUGGAACUAUGCUCGAUUCUUCAGUCUGAUCAUGGGCGAGAUCCCUCGACUGAGGGACGAUGGCGAUGGCUAUGGUCCUAGAGGAGCUGGAUUCAUCCCGCAUGAGGAUAUUCCCCAUGAUGUGGAAAGUGCUUGGAGAAGACUGAACGAUGAGAUAGCGGCCAUAGAGCCUUGAAAGGUCUUUCGGCUCGUUCAUCGAUUCAGUCGCAUCGAAGAGCACAGCCCAUAAUCAAGCCCGACAGAUAAACUCGGCCCACAAACGUCCUGGAGCUUGCGGAAGAUGAGUCUAGUCUGGUCUGCAUUCUCAAAAGCUUCCCAGCAAAUGUCAACAGAACAUUAAAGCUGUCGGAUGCUCUGCUCCAUUCACGCCCAUGGUGACGCCGGGACGGACGGCUCGCAUUGCGAAGUAGUCAUGACAGCUACCCUUACAGCAUGCCGCAUUUAUCAAGAUAGA